AUGGACAACUCCCCGGGCAGAGGAUCCCAGGAUUACUAUAGAGGGCGCAAUGGUGGAACAGAGAGAUCGGGGUCCCUUCACUCGCCCGAUGCCACGACAGAUUACAAUGGGGCAUACGAUGAUCGAAAGCGCAACCCUAGCGAGAAUGCCACCCCCGACGUCGAUCAGCAGCAGCAAUCAUCUGGCCCGCUGAACAAGCGCAGACGGAUGCAAGAACGGCAUCAAGCUCGCAGACGUGGUCGAACACCUCCACCUUCGGUUUUCUCCCGACGAAAUCGCUCCCGUAGCCCCAACUCCAAUGGCGCGGACCGCGAUGACCACUCCAGACGGUCUCGAUCCCCACUCGCGCCUCGGUCUCCAGAUCCCGAAGACAAACCCAAGCAGCGCAAGCGUCCAGGCGGUGGUGCUCGGGCAGGUCUACUCAAUCCCGAGCAAUUGCGGCGUCGGCAGGAAGAACGCGAGCGCGCCAUGGAGGAGGAUGCUAUGCGGACGUCGCGGGACCGUGGUGUCUCCGAUGUUGUUCGCCAACACUACAACGCAGUUCCGGAGCGAGGUCGUGAAUGGCGCAAGACCGAAAGCAAAAUCAAGGGAUUACGCAGUUUCAACAAUUGGGUGAAGAGUACCUUGAUCCAGAAGUUCUCCCCCGACGAGGACUUUGUCGCCCGUUUCCACGAUACUAAGGAAUGGGCCGAUGAGAGUCUGCGGCCAUCUGAAACCGAGGACAAACAGCUGCUAGUGCUUGAUUUGGGAUGCGGCAAGGGCGGUGAUCUGGGGAAAUGGCAGCUUGCGCCGCAAAAAGUGGAAUUGUAUGUCGGGCUUGACCCAGCGAAUAUCUCAAUUGAGCAAGCUCGCGAUCGGUACGGGCAGAUGCGGUCUCGCGGUGGGGGCGGAGGCGGCCGUGGUCGUCGCCCGCAGCCACCUCUGUUCCACGCCGAAUUCGCUACCAAGGAUUGCUUUGGCGAGUCGCUUGCCGAUGUGGAUAUCAUUCAGCGUGUCGGUAUCGACCCCAAUGCGGGACCUGGCGGAUCUUUGAUGGCAGCUCGAUGGGGCGGCGGUGGCUUUGACGUUGUGACUUCCAUGUUCGCCAUCCACUAUGCCUUUGAAAGCGAGGAGAAGACCCGCCAAAUGCUCAGCAAUGUUGCAGGUUGUCUCAAGAAAGGUGGCCGAUUUAUCGGUGUGUGUCCCAACUCGGAUGUGAUCACGAGCAAAGUCAGCGCCUUCCAUCAAAAACGCAAAGCCAACGAUACCACGAAGCCUGCAGAGACCGAGGCCCCUGAGGAUGGCGAAGUGGAAGAAGAAGAGCGCUGUGGAUGGGGAAACGACAUUUAUAGCGUUCGCUUCCCGGGCGAUACCCCUGAGAACGGCGUAUUCCGCCCGCCAUUUGGAUGGAGGUACACGUACUUUAUGUCAGAGGCGGUGGAAGGAGUCCCAGAAUACGUCGUGCCUUGGGAAGCAUUCCGAGCCUUGACCGAGGACUACAACCUGGAGUUGCAGUACCGCAAGCCCUUCCUUGAGAUCUGGGAAGAUGAGAAGAACGAUCGCGACCUUGGGCCGCUCAGCGAGCGCAUGGGAGUGCGUGAUCGUACUACUGGAGAGCUGUUGAUGACCGAGGAGGAGAAGGACGCAGUCAGCUUCUACCAUGCAUUUUGUUUCUACAAAGUUUAG